AUGGCUAACAUUAAAUGGCGAUUUCAAUGCAGUGGCCUUCUUCAAAAAAUAAAAAAAUAUAUUACUUGGAAACUAGCACAAAUAAAAUUAACAAUACAGUCAUUGACCUACAAUGAACAUAUGAGUCAAAGUUAUGCUGUUGAUUUUUUACUAGAACCAAUAUUUUGGGUUGUAGACAACUUUGCCAGUUACUUGGGGAAGGUUUUUGUUUUCUGUGUGACUGUUUUGACUGCAGCUGUAGUCAUCAUUGCAUAUUGGAUUGGAUUACCAUUUUGUUACAUCUCCUGGAUAUCCUCCUCAUGGAACAACUAUCUC